AUGAGGCGAGUUUUAUUUGUUCUCCUGUUCUUUAUUCUUCAUUUGAUUUGCCAUGCAGAUGAUAAAGAUGACGACGACAGUUCCAUGGAAAUCGACUAUUCAUUUCUUGAUACACCAGACUCUACAACAACUUCAAAGCCAAAGAAUAUUUCCUGUGGUCCAAGACACAUUUGUGUCAAACGAGCAGAUUGCCUACAUGGAAGAACUCACCACAGUUCCUCCUAUUCAGCUUGUAUUGCUCCACACGUCUGCUGCGACACAUCCUUGGAGCAAAAUCAACCCAUCCAUAUAAAUGAUAUGGAGCCUUGUGGAUUUGGCACUCCUGGUAACGCGUCUAGUAAACUGUCUACUUUUGGAGAAUUUCCCUGGAUGAUAGCAAUUUUGGAGCGCGAUUUUAAUCCUGUUGAUGUUUUCACCAAUUACGUUGGCGGCGGUUCUUUAAUAGCGCCCACUGUUGUCCUAACAACUGCCCGUAUUGCGGAAAACAAAACGACUGAUGUUCUCUUUGUCCGUGCUGGCGAAUACGAUCACACAAACAGACAGAUUCAGCAUCCAUACCAAGAAAGGAGAGUCAAACAGAUUAUCACACAUGAGCAUUAUGAUACUGAUUCUUUGGCAAAUGGCACUGCGCUUUUAAUCCUUGACACUCCAUUUAGUGGUGAAGUUCAUAUUAGACCCAUCUGUUUGCCCAUUUUCAAUGAGUUUGAGUUGCUCGAUAAAUCGCAGUGCAUUGUUACAGGAUGGGGAUCAGUCACAUUUAGACAAUUUGACUAUCAGAUGAGAUUGAAAAAACUUGUUAUGCCCGUUCUCUUGCAAAGUGAAUGUAACGCUAAGUUUCAAAAAACUCGUCUGGGUCCCCGCUAUCAGCUGGAUGAAAGUUUAUUGUGCGCUGGCGGUCAGAGGAAAGUUGAUGCUUGCCUAGGCGAUGGUGGCAGUCCCUUAAUCUGUCCUCUAUCAGGUUCCAAAAAUCGCUAUUUUCAAGUUGGCAUGGUUGCUUGGGGUAUUGGUUGUGGUUCACCUGAUGUUCCUGGAGCUUACGUGAAUGUGGUAUAUCUUCUUCCAUGGUUAAAUGAAAAACUAAAUGCUUUGGGUAUCAAUAGAAAGUACUAUGCAAGUACUACUUCUUAAAAUUAAUAAAUUUACAUUUAUAUCUA